AUGUCGUCACUCAAGGUCGCCGUGAGGGUUCGACCCUUUAACUCCCGUGAGAUCGACAUGGACGCCCAGCUCAUCAUGGAGAUGGAGAACAAGAAGACGCGUCUUCUGAAGCCUCGUCUACAGUCCAUUCGCGAUGCCGGCCGGGACAAUCAUCAUGACUUCACAUUCGACUAUUCCUACUGGUCAUUCGAUGCGGAGGAUCCGCACUUUGCCACCCAGGAGCAGGUGUACAGCGAUCUGGGCAACGAUGUCGUCGAUUGCGCCUACGAAGGAUACAAUGCGUGCGUUUUUGCCUACGGACAGACGGGCUCCGGAAAGACCUUCACCAUGAUGGGUACUCAAAAUAAUCCUGGCCUAAUACCGCGCAUCUGCGAGGAGCUGUUUGCCCGCAUGCGUGUGGGUCAGGAGUCGGGCACUGGUUAUAGGACACACGCCAGCUAUCUGGAGAUAUACAAUGAGAGGGUCAAGGAUCUCCUGGCUGCACAGAGCACUGGACAUGGUCUCAGAGUUCGGGAGCAUCGUAGCCUGGGUCCCUAUGUGGAGAAUCUGUCACAGCAUGCCGUCUCCGAUUUCGAUGAGAUUCAGGAAUGCAUUGCCCGGGGAAAUGCGCAACGCACCACGGCCAGCACCAACAUGAACGAUACGAGCAGCCGCAGUCACGCCAUCUUCACGAUCACAUUUGUGCAGGCGGUUUUCAUGAAUGACAUGCCAAGCGAGACAGUCUCGAAGAUCCAUUUGGUCGAUUUGGCAGGCAGUGAGCGCGCCAAUGCAACGGGGGCAACAGGUCAGCGCUUGAAGGAGGGCGCCCACAUUAACAAAUCGCUGGUGACUCUGGGUAGCGUGAUCUCGGCUCUGGCGGAACAGACGGGUGGCGCCCACAACAGCAGUAGCUCCGCACUGGCAACCACCCCAAAUGGGGCCAGUAAGCGAGUGCUCUACAUUCCCUACCGUGACUCCAUCCUCACGUGGCUGCUCAAGGACAGUUUGGGCGGCAACAGCAAGACCAUCAUGAUUGCAGCCCUUUCGCCGGCGGAUUGUAACUACAGUGAAACUCUCAGUACUUUGCGAUACGCCAAUAGAGCGAAGAACAUCAUCAACAAGCCGACGGUGAACGAAGAUACCAAUGUGAAGCUCAUUCGCGAGCUCAGGGAGGAGAUCAACAAGCUCAAGUCCAUGCUGUCGGGGGAUAUUCAUUCGCUGCAGCCAUCGCUCAAGGUAUUGGCCGAUCUCCAAAAGAAGGAGGCUCAAGAAAAAGUACUCACCGAGGAAUGGACGGAGAAGUGGAAGGUGGCCCAGUCCAUAUUGCAGGAGCAGAAGAGUCUGGGUCUGCGCAAGUCGGGCGUGGGCGUGGUUCUUGACUCAGAGAUGCCGCAUCUAAUUGGCAUCCACAACGACGUGACCACCGGAGUGACCCUCUACAGUCUGAAAGAGGGCGAGACGCGAAUUGGCAGCGAGGAUGCGGAUGUGGCGCAGGACAUCGAGUUGGCCGGUGAUGGCAUAAGGGCGCAGCAUUGCAGCAUUGUUUUAAAGGGCGGCGUGGUUACGCUGCAUCCCUGGCCUAUGGCCCAGUGCUGGGUGAACGCCCACCUAAUUGACGAACCCAAGCAGAUCUCGCAGGGCGAUAUCAUAUUGCUUGGGCGAACCAACAUCUUCCGCUUUAACAAUCCCGCCGAGGCUGCCAAGCUUAGGAAGGAUUUGAGUCGCUCGCAGCUAGACAUGUCCCGGCUGUCUCUCAUUACCUCCUCCAAGGAAAACCUGCUCACCUGCAGCAUAUACUCGGAUGAGGAUGGCGCAUCGCCUUAUAAACGGCCAGAGCGGCAGUAUUAUCCUCAGCGACCUAUGUCGCGAGACGAUCCCGAAAUGCAAGACGAAAAUCGAAAGAUUCUAGACACUAUAGAAAAUGCCCUGAAACAGCUCAAUGUGGAACGCGUCCAGAUGCACGACCAAUACAAGACCAAAGUGCGCAAGCUAACCGAAGAGCUUAUUCGCUUGGAGCAGGAGGAAAUAGACGGCUUGCAGGUGUUGAAUUGCCGGGAACAGGAACUAAUCGCCCGCAAGGACAUGCUGUUGUGGGAGAAGAACAAUGAGAAGGUUCAGAUCGACAUUGUGUGUAGACAAAUUUCAGCGUUUCAGACGCAGCUCGACUCUAAGAAACGAGAUUUCUCUGAGUAUGUAGCGAAAGAAUUGCAGGAACUGCAAGAUUGUGGCAAACUAGACGAGAUGGGAAUGAAGAUCGAAGAGGGUACUCCUCUGAACGAUGAACUGCUUUUGCAGGUGUCGGAUUCCUUGGAUUUGUUUGCAGCACAGUUUAUAAAAGAUACUGUGCGCAGAAAUAAUGAGGAAAUCCGCAAAUUGGACGAACAAAUAGCCGAAAAGGAGAGAAUACUCAAUGCCAGCACUACUAAAAUCGCCAAGGUCGAUGAGACCAUGCUGGAGAUCCAGGCCCAGCUGGAGCGUCUGCGUCUGGAACGCGCCGAAAGUGAGGCUGAGUCUCAGGCGAUGCGCACCAGGAAGCAGAACAUGAAGCUACAGUUGGCCAACAAGUCCAUGUCCACCUCGACCAGCACAAACGAGGCUGACGAUGUGUCCAAGUCGGACACGUACGAAACCUGUGAUACCUUCCACACCGCCCAGUCCAACUUAUCGCUCGUCUCAUCGCCCACCAUUACGGAGGGCCAACAGUCGCCGCUAAGCAAUUGUUCCUGCGAUGCAGAGGACGAGGCGGAGGACACGCGCAAGGAUGACCUUUCGGGCAGCAGCGAGGAGACCUCACGCACCUGUACCGCCGGUCCCAGCAGUGGAAGUGGAAGUGGCAGCGUGGGAAUAGGAGGUUCCGGCUCAGCGCCCAGUGCCACACCCAGCUCACAGGCUAUCAUGAGCGACAGCGGUGUCUGCCUGGACAGUCGUAAUCAGGCCCUCCUCCAGAAUGGCCACCUCAAUAACUACAAACAAGGAGUGCGAACCAGCGACGAGGAUACCGGGUCAUGUUCCUCCUGCGAACUGGGCCGACACUCGGAUUCGGCACGUCCUUACUGUCCGCUGCAUUCACUGCGGCGCAAAAUCGCUGCUCAAAAGGCUCUGAUUAUGAAGAACCUCGAAACGGACUUGAACAAGGUCCAGUUGGAUGAGCAUAUUGCAGACCUGCAGGAUCUGCAGAGACGCUACAUUCAAAUGGAGCAGGAGAUGCUGCAAUCGGUGCAGGAUUUGGAGGCACAUGCUCAGUGCUGUGCGGACGAGCGAUCCGGCAUGGAACGACAAUACGAACUGGCCAGUUCCAUUAUGCGCUCGAGUGUCAUGAGUCCCACCAGCAUGGAGGAGUCCACUUCGCAGAUUUACUCACCCAGCAUGACAAGAUCCUGUCCGUCGAUGCGCGAGUUUCCCGAGGGCGAACAUUUCAUUACUAUCCCGAGUUUUGUGAUGCGGGGCGCCGGCAAGCAAACGCACUACGAAUACGAGGUUCGCAUCGCUCUUCCCGAUGGCAAGUUGAACAUUCUCCGGCGAUACAGUCGCUUCAGGGAGCUGCAUCUGUGCAUGAAGCACUGCUACGGAGCCAAGAUAUCUGCACUACCCUUUCCCCGGCGGGAGCUCUUCGCCUCGAACAGCGAGCCAGUGGCGAAACAUCGUCGCCGUCUGCUGGAACUAUAUUUGCGACGCCUAUUCGUCGUCUGCUCGAAGAUUCCGCAGUGUCCCAUCUACGAGGGACCCGGGGGAACCGGCCUCACACGAUCCUCCCUCGUCCAGCUGUCGUCUUUUUUCAAGAAGGGCCUGUUCGAGAACGGCAAGCACGGGACGGGAUAAUAGUUAACCUACUGCUGAAUUAUCUCCUGCCUACAGUGUGUCUUUUUAUUUACUUGUACUACCUGUUAAGCUAUAUGAACGACAACAUGGACCUGUUUUGAUUAGCUAGCCGAAACUACUAUCUAGGUUUAUUAGCUGUAAGCCCCGUAGCAAUGUAAGACCACCAGUGUCCUUUCUCACACCCGAGCAUAUGUGCGACAUUUUUUAUAUCCAUUGUUAUUCACUGAACCGGAGCUUUAUAUUGAAAUCACUGUAAAAUGUAACUGCCAGUGGCGAUGUUGCAAUCUCUGUUUUGUACAACUCCAAUUGCAAAUAUGUAUUCUAUCUAUUAUCUUCGUGUUGGAGGUUUGUUUAGAUGGUUUGUUGGUGUUUGCGGCCAGUUUUAAUUAGUUAAUUAUUUCUCUCUACUAGUUAAAUAUACGCCUAGGUGUACAACUUCCAAAAAAGUUAUUCCAGUUAUUUAGUCUGUGAUUACCAACUGAAGUUAUUGAACAGAAUCCAAGCAAAUGAGCGUAACUGAACAUUUCACGAGCGAGUAAUAGUAAUCCAACUGACAACUCCGUAGUCUACAAUCUCUUAGGCGUAAGCUAAUUGUACAAAUCGAACACUGAUGGGUUUAGGUGGGCAGAUGUUUAGCAGUAGGUAUUAGGUACACUAGCAACUAAGUUCUAGCUCUUAACCGAUGAGUCGCAAUUAUACUAAACUAAUUAUGAGUACAAUUCCCGAAAAUGAAUCAACAUGAAAUGUUCAAUGUAAAAAGCAUAGAGUAAGUUUACUUUUAGCAAUAUGCUAGUUGAUUUUGAAUGGUGAAAUUGGUCGAUCGUGGGAUCGAUGGCAAUACUGAAACAAUAAUAACCUAGAUGUAGUGAAACCUGAUGGUUCCGCCCACUCAAACGUAUGUCCCUCAGGGGCAGGCCAAUACCGAUUUGACAACAGAGUGGCUGCUGUCUUAAAAAAAAAAAAAAA